AUGCCCUUGAUUGACAGUUUGACAGCCAUGAAUUCACAUGAUGAUAUAAAACCGUCAGAGCCUCCACCAUCAUAUGACGAAGUAAUCAACGAGUCAACUGGAGGCAGUUAUUCAAGACCAAACCCUCCACCACCUCAACCUCCACGGCCGGAGACUUUAAGACCACCCCAGCCUCCGAGGCCAUCAAAUUCAUCUCAUUCUAGUUAUAACUCACCUGGACCCCAACGACCACCAAACACUGCUCAGAACACUAAUUCGCUAUAUACGACAAAUCAGAACCUACCGUUCCAAUAUCCAAAAGGGUUUCUUUGCCAGAAGUGCAGAAAUUCGGGGUAUAAGAUCAAAAAUGGGAAACUAUGUAGAGACUGCUGGGACAGAUUUUACUUGAAGAACAAUGCAUAUAAUCCUAAUCCCCAAUUGCCUUUCAAAUUUCCGAAGAGAUAUAUGUGUGAAAAGUGUAAUAAUUCUGGAUACAAGAUAAAAAAUGGCAGAUCAUGUAAGGAUUGUUGGGAGAGGUUUAGUCCCAGAAAUGGAUAUCAGCCGGUAUCAUCUCUGUUGUCAUUUAAUCCAUUAUUUACUACACUGACAGUGAGUAUGAGUCCAAUGCUUCCAUAUAGACCGGCCCCGGGGCCAGGACCUUCAUUACCUCCAAUGCGGGUUAAUCCAGGUGACCCAAGAAUAGGUGGUACAUUAUGUGGGAGAUGUAGAGGAUCUGGUUUAAUUACUUUCUUCUUGGACGAUGAAUUAUGCCCUGUUUGUAAUGGAAUCGGAAGAAUUUUGUCUGGCCCUCCUAUGCAACCACCUAGAAACCCAGGACCACCGCCUGGCCAGUACCAUCCGGGACCACCAGGUGGACCGUAUGGACCUAACCCGUAUAUGGGAGGGAAAUACUAA